CUUCUAGGGACUAGUAUAAGCUUUUUCUCGAUAUCUGAACAGAAAGGGAGCCAUGAUACAAAACAAAACAACUCCUUUGUUGCAGGUCUUUUGGCCUUCUAUUUAGUCACUGCACGUUUCUUCUUGGUCAAGACCUUAUCUUGUCCAAUCCAUUCAAUUAUUCAACGAAACCACAUUGUGAAACUCCUUUAUAUAAGUUCUCCAUUUUCCAUUGAUGCUUCACACAGUUAAUCUGGCCAUUCAUCAUGGCAAAGAAGGGCUCCUGUAGUCUGUUGAUAUUGUGCUUUGCAGUCCUCUUUCUUAGUCUUUGCAAAUGCCAAGGUUUGGGUAGAAAACUUGGAAGAAAUCCCAUCAAGGGAGAAAGUACUGUAGGGUUCUUUGAUUUACACAAGGGCAAUCUGCACAUCAACCUUACCAACUGGGGAGCUACUCUGGUCUCCCUCAAGACCCCUGAUAAAAAUGGGCAUCUAGCAGAUAUACUUCAGGGAUAUGAUUCUUUGGCAUCAUACAUGAACAUGAGCUCUGGUAGGCCUUACUUUGGUGCCAUUGUAGGCAGGGUAGCCAACAGGAUUAAGAAUGCACAGUUCACCCUUGAGGGGAAGACAUAUCAUUUGUUUGUCAAUGAUGGAAAUAAUUCUCUUCAUGGAGGAAGGAGAGGCUUUGACAAUGUAUUGUGGGAAGUCAAGGAAAUUAAGGGUGGAAGCAAACCAUCUAUUAAGUUUGGUUAUCACAGCUCUGAUGGUGAAGAAGGAUACCCUGGUGACCUAGAUGUAUUUGCCACAUAUACUAUAAGCAAUGAUAUGGAAUUGAGACUAGAUAUGGAGGCCAUACCAAGGAACAAGGCCACUCCUGUAAGCCUGAUCAAUCAUGCUUAUUGGAACCUUGCAGGACAAGACAGUGGAAGGGACAUACUUGACCAUUCUGUAAAAAUAUGGGCUUCAAAGUAUACUCCUACAGACAAUGCUUUCAUUCCUACAGGCAUGAUCUCACCUGUAAAAGGAACUCCUGUGGACUUAAGGAAAGAGACUACCAUCAAGAGCAGAAUUAAUAAGAUUCCCCCUGGGUUUAAUCACAAUUAUGUUGUUGAUGGCCCCAAGUCAAGGGAGGGUUUGAGACUUGCUGCAAGUGCCAAGGAUCCAUGGAGUUCAAGAGUGCUUAAAGUGUGGACAAGUGCACCAGGCUUGCAGUUCUACACUAGUAAUUAUCUCAACACAGUGGGCAAAGGAGGCGUGGUAUACAAGCCACAUUCUUCAUUCUGCUUUGAGACUCAAGCAUUUCCUAAUGCUGUAAAUCAGCCAAAUUUUCCAUCUGUGAUUGUGCAUCCAGGCCAGGUCUACAAGCACACCAUGGUGAUCAAAUUUUCAGUUGAUCUGUAGUCAACUAUAAGGCUUUGUUUCAUGGCCUGACAAAUAAAGGGAGAGCAUAGAACCCCUACACUUCAUUAGUAUUUGUCUUACCUAAAUACUAUUCUAAUGAGAUUCCUUAAUUAUUUAUUAA